ACCAUUUUGUUUAUGAACUGUUUGACAUUAGACAUCCAAAUAUUCUUAUUAUUAGUGCAUUUUCAUAAAUUUUAAUAAUUUCAAGAUAUUUUUAUAAAAGACUUCUUUCUUAGUAACAUACUUUUGGUUCCGGGUGAAGAUUUUGUUUUAUUUUCCAAGGUUGUAACUCCGACUCGAAAUGAGCGUGAUUAUAAGGUUGCAGAAUCUUCCCUGGUCAGCAAAUGCCCUAGAUAUCCGUCAAUUUUUUCAAGGAUUAAGCAUUCCCGAAGGAGGUGUUCACAUCGUAGGAGGAGAACAAGGAGAUGCGUUCAUUGCUUUCAGUACGGACGAAGAUGCUCGUCAAGCGUUUAAUCGAAACGGAGGUAAAAUUAAGGAAAUUCAAAUCAAACUUAUGCUCAGUUCUCGAACAGAAAUGCAAAAAGUAAUUGAAGCGGCUAGAAAUCCGCUUGCAGCGUUUAUGCAAACUCCCCAAACGAACCCACCUCUCACCCCCAUCAUGCCAGCAGUAGUACCAGCUGCGGUCCCCGAAGUUAAAAAAGACGAUAACUCAAAAGACAAAGACCGUAGAAGUAGAAGAAGAUCGAGAUCGAGAUCUAGAGAUCGUAAGGACAGGUCUAGAGAUAGAGAUCGACGCGACAGACGUCGAAGAGAUCGAACUCGAUCCAGAUCUAGAGAUCGAAGAGAUCGACGUCGUCGGGAUCGCAGCCGUAGCCGAGAUAGAACUCGUUCUAAAGAAAGAGAUCGUAGAAGCAAAGAUCGAAAGCGCUCAGAAGAAAAAACAAACCCUUCAUUAGGAAAUUCUAACAAACCAGCAGUAAUUGGCGUAUGGGAACCGCCCCCAAUGGAUCAACCGCCGCUACUGAUGGCUAAUCAACAGCAUGCCGUUGGACUGUUGAACAACUUGGUCGGGAAUUCUCUGGAAGAACUUAGAAGGAACAUGACAGGCUUAAAACCGUUAGGCGGUUUGACUGAUAAGCCUGAUUUUCAAGCGAACCCUAACCUUUUGCUUCAACCUAAUAGGGAAUCCUGGCCUCCUGGUGGGCUACCCUUUCGUCCAGAUGGACGACUCAACUUCCAGAAUAUGCCCAAUAGGAGUGCAGAUGAUACCAACUUAAAUUCUAUGGGCAACAGACUCUUUAACAAUCGUAUGGACGGAAAUGGUCCUCAACCCAGGAGUCUUCUAGGGAGACCGAUGAACAAAUUCAAUCCAAUGAAUGAUCGUCAACAAAACACGCCUAUGCAAAAUUCCUGUGUACAGGUCCAGCCCUUUUACGGUGGCUACAGCGAAAUUCGCCGGUUUUUCCAUGGACUCUUUAUCAAUAACACAGGAAUAAAGUUCGUCAAUGACGAAUACGGAAAACGCACCGGGAUAACGUACGUUCGUUUUUUCUAUCCCGAAGACAAAGAAGUGGCUCUAACAAAAGACGGCGGCAUGAUAAGAGGCAACGUUGUCGAAGUAAAACAUCUUGACGACGAAGUUUUCAACGAAACCGUAGACAGAUAUGUUCCGGAUGAACAGAAAGACGGUGAAGUGGGACACCAAGGUGGUGGUGGUGGUGGUCCUCCACAGAACUUCAGGGGUGGAAGAAACGGAAGAAAUUUUGUUCGCGGUUCUCAACAACCCAAUUUCAUCCCUUCGCCAAAAGUGUUUUCCUGUUUAGUCGUUGAAGAUCUUCCGUCUUAUGCUAAAGAACAGGACAUUUUGAAAAUUUUCGGCGAAUAUCCGUUAAUGUCGAUAAUAAUGACGAAUAAACACAAAUGUCACAUGGCGUAUGUUAAAUUUAGUAAUUCCGAUGACGCUAAAAAGGCCCUUAGUGAAAAACAGGUGCAGGCUUUCGACGGGAAGCCGGUUAACGUGAGGGCGUGUUCGGACGACGAGUUUAAUAAAAUCAGUAGAGAGCAAGACGACGAAGAAGAAGAGAAUGAAAAUGACGAUGACGUGCAAAUUGUGGAAGAAAAAGAAUUUCCUUCGGUCGAAUCGACAUUUAUCGACAUCAGUGGAUUGCCAUUAAAAACUACUGAUCGUGAUAUCGUAGACUUUUUUUCUGAUAUAGGGGUUGCACCGGAAAAAAUUCAUUUACUAAGUAAUCAUUUAGGUUUCACCGGCACUGCCUACUGCGAGUUUGCCUCUCUACAAGAUGCAGCUGCUGCUGUAGAAAAGGACGGGAUUCCUUUAGGUCCCAAAGAAGUUUCCAUCACUUCAAUUUCAAAAGAAGAAAUGGAAUCUAGAUUAGGGAUUUUGUCACAAAGCGCUCCUCCUCCAGUUCCUAUAAUUCACCCUCCCGUUCCCCAUUUCUUUCCCAGAAACAAUUUCAUGCCCAGAGGCAUGGGUCCUAGGGGUUUCAUGCGUAGAUUCCACCAUCCCCAUAUGCUUCCUCCACCUCAGCACGGAGGUGACGUUGGCAUUCCCGGAUGCACUGUAUUGAUGGAAAACGUUCCUUAUAAAGCAGGUUUAGAUGAAAUUCUUCAGUUCUUCGAUGGAUUCGACAUACCUCCGGACAACGUUUUGAGAAGAUAUAACGAAAAUGGCACUCCUUCCGGUGAAGCAAAGGUCAUAUUUACGAAUCACGAUCAGGCCAAGAAGGCGGUAGAACAGAAGCGAUUCCACAAAAUUAGAGAACGCACCAUAUACUUGACGUUAUGCUGACCUUCGAAGGUUACCGAAAACGAAAAGGACGAUAAGUGAAAACGCAAUAUUGCAAAGAGUUGUGAGGUUUUAGUUCAGUUUUAUACUCUACGAAUAUCAUCUAUGUAAUUUAUGUAUGUAUAACAACUCGGUCGUUCGCUUUUAGGUUUCAAUUGGAUUAAGUACGUCAGCCAAUUAUGGAUUAUGCGAUUAUUUUUGUAUGUACCUUGUAUGGAUUAGUUGUUUAGAUGAAAGGAUAUUAUUAUAGUUUGUAGAUGUAUUCGUACCAAAUAAAUAACGUGUCUGUA